AAUCAAACCAUUGUCUCAUUGCUUAGCUUCUUUAGUACUUCUUGAGGGUUGUGUUUUUAUGUGAUCAUGGGAAUUCAGAAGCCAAUGUGGUUGGAAGGUCUAUACAGAGAGAAAUUCUUUGCACCGUGCUCAAUUCAUGAGAGUGCAAAGAAGAACGAGAAGAAUAUUUGUUGUUUGGAUUGUUGCACGAGUAUUUGCCCUCAUUGUGUGAUGGCACAUCGUUUCCACAGACUAAUUCAAAUUCGACGUUAUGUGUAUCAUGAUGUUGUUCGACUUGAGGACUUAGAGAAGCUCAUAGAUUGCUCAAACGUUCAGGCGUACACAAUAAACAGUGCUAAGGUGAUUUUCAUCAAGAAAAGACCUCAAAAUAGGCAAUUCAAAGGAUCUGGAAAUUAUUGCACUUCUUGUGAUAGAAGCCUCCAAGAACCCUUUAUCCAUUGCUCUCUAGGGUGCAAGGUGGAUUUUGUGCUAAAUCACUACAAGGACAUUUCUCCGUUCUUAAGGAGAUGUACAACUUUACAACUUGGUCCGGAUUUCUUUAUCCCUCAAGAUAUGUCUGAUUAUGAUACGGCUAACGAGACGGCUCACUCGACGAUCGUGGACAAUGACGAGCCAUGGGGCUCGUCAACAACGUCAGGAUCGUCGGGAUCGGAGAACAUGUUGAUGAUGAGUACUACUAAUAAUAAUUUCCCAUGCACGGAGUUUGUGAGAAAGAAGAGAAGUGGAUUAUAUGUGUGUGGAAGAAUUACACUCAACAGUUAUAAGAAUAUAAGUGAUGAAGACAUGGCUACUAGCAUGAGUAGAAGAAAAGGGAUUCCUCAUAGGUCUCCUUUGUGUUAGAAUUAAUUUAGUAGAAUUAUUUCACAUUUUCCUUUGACUACUUUCAAAUUAGAAUUUUUUAAAUUA